AUGGACAGUUGGGAGGAUGGUGGCGGUCGCGCGGGCUGGGAUGAGGAGGAGGACGAGCAGCAAGAGGAACUGGCGUCGCAUACUGUGACACCGUCCGUGCAAAAAGAACAGUCUAUUUUGAAACACAGGGAAGCGAUUUUCAUUCUUGCUGGAAAGAUUCUUUUAACGGAAAGCUCGUGUAUCUGGAGCUGCGCGGAGCGGAACAGCAGCAUCUCCAUUCCAUGGCCUAGGGUGGGAGUGCAAGCCAUUUCAUCCGCUCCGGUGCAAGGAAUCUACGUAAUGCUGGACAUAAAUCUCGUAUGGCCUGGCUUCUACCAAGGCCCCCCAGAGAACAACGGAAAUGCGCAUCUGGAAGAUGAGGAGGGCGAAAAUGACGAAGGCCACGAAUCGGACGCUUCGGAGGCGGCCAUGACAGAGAUUUGGUUUUUGCCCAGCAGUAGUCAAAUAUUGGACGAAUUUUGCGGUGCCAUGCGCGAAUGCCAGAGUCUGAAUCCGGGUUCGGACGUCAGCGAAGACGAGGAUUACAUGGAAGCCGAGGUGGAUGAUUUGCCGGAAGUUGGCGAAAUGCGAAACUUACAGCUGGACGACGACGAUAAAUUCGCGGAAUGA